AUGGAGCAAGAAAAAGGUUCUCAUACUCUGUUGGAUCAGCAAGGGAUUCCGUGCCACUGCCGUUUCUGGCCGAGCUGGUUAGCCCUUGACCCGCGGUGCGGGGGCGGAAGGGGGUGGUUUGGGGCCAGGGACCUGGCGAGCUGGAGGGCGCCCGGGAGAGGAGCUCAGGCGGCCUCCGCGGUCCUAGCGAGCGGAAAAAACGGAGGAGCGCAGUGGGGAUGGGGCGCCGAGCCGGCCUGGGACCCCGGCUCUGCCCUGUUGGCGAGGCUGCAGGACCUGGGCGUGGCCAAUGGCGAGGACCUGAAGGAGACGCUCACCAACUGCACGGAACCGCUCAAGGCCAUCGAGCAGUUCCAGACAGAGAACGGCGUGCUGCUGCCCUCCCUGCAGUCGGCCCUGCCCUUCUUGGACCUGCACAGGACGCCGCGCCUGGAGCUCCACCAGUCCGUGUUGGAAGAGCUGCGGGAGAAGCUGCUGGAGCGAGUGUCGGCCAUCGCCGCGGAGGGGAAGGCGGAGGAGAGGUACAAGAAGCUGGAAGACCUGCUGGAGAAGAGCUUUCCGCUGGUGAAGAUGCCGUCGCUGCAGCCGGUGGUGAUGUGCGCCAUGAAACACCUGCCCAGGGUCCCUGAGAAGAAGCUGAAGCUGGUCAUGGCCGACAAGGAGCUGUACCGCGCCUGCGCCGUGGAGGUGAAGCGGCAGGUCUGGCAGGACAACCAGGCGCUCUUUGGCGACGAGGUGUCCCCGCUGCUGAAGCAGUACAUCCUGGAGAAGGAGCGCGCGCUCUUCAGCACCGAGCUCUCCGUCCUGCACAACUUCUUCAGUCCUUCCCCCCGGAGGCGGCGCCGCGGCGAGGUGGUGCAGAAGCUGACGCAGAUGGUGGGGAAGACCCUGAAGCUGUACGACAUGGUGCUGCAGUUCCUGCGGGCCCUCUUCCUGCGCACGCGGAAUGUGCACUACUGCACGCUGCGCGCCGAGCUGCUCCUGUCCCUGCACGACGGGGACGUGGGCGACAUCUGCUCGGUGGACCCGUGCCACAAGUUCAUCUGGUGCCUGGACGCCUGCAUCCGGGAGCGCUUCGUGGACAGCAAGCGGGCGCGGGAGCUGCAGGGGUUUCUCGACGGAGUGAAGAAGGGUCAGGAGCAAGUACUGGGGGACCUGUCCAUGAUCCUGUGUGACCCCUUCGCCAUCAGCACGCUGUCCCUGAGCACCGUCCGGCACCUGCAGGAGCUGGUCGGCCAGGAGACGCUGCCCAGGGACAGGCCUGAUCUGCUGCUGCUGCUCAGGCUCCUGGCGCUGGGCCAGGGGGCCUGGGACAUGAUCGACAGCCAGGUCUGCAAGGAGCUCAGGAUGGAGGUGGAGCUCAUCACUAAGUUCCCGGCCACCUACCCGAGCGCUCUUCCCGAGACCUUCACCAGGUUCCUGCGGGAGCAGUGCACGGCCUGCGAGGUGGGGCUCUACUACGUGCUGCACAUCACCAAGCAGAGGAACAAGAACGCCCUCCGCCUGCUGCCCAGGCUCAUGGAGACCUUCAGCGACCUGGCCUUCGGCGACAUCUUCCUGCACCUGCUCACGGGGAACCUGGCACUGCUGGCCGAGGAGUUUGCCCUGGAGGACUUCUGCAGCAGCCUCUUCGAUGGCUUCCUGCUCACCGCCUCCCCAAGGUGGAAGAUCUAA